AUGUUGAUGGAACCCGAAACCGCACCUUUGGACAAAACAUUUCAUUCCAACACAAGCAUGAUCGAUACUGAUGCUACAACUAUGAUCAGCACUAUCAGUACAAACAGUACCACAAGAGAGGUUAUAGAAACAACAACCUUAAACGAGCAAUAUGAUAGUAUCAGAAAGAAGCGUUACAGUCGAUCGAUUCAUCUCCCUGUACAAACAGUCCCUUCACCACCCAUCACACCGACUAGAGUGAAGAGUGAAUAUGAGCUGUCAACCAUAAGUGACGAGAGCUACAUUGCUGAAGGCAGGGAAGGUGAACAUCAAAACAACAGCGAUAGUGUGAGCAUCCACCCUUCCUCAUUGGGCCAUUACAUGGAGCAUACUCUGACGAGUGCGUUCCCUACAUCGCCAGUAACUCCUACUACGCCUACCAAGCCUCACAAGUUCCUUUUCAAAAGUUCAACAACGAAAACAAACAACAACCUUUUCGAGUCAAGCACAACCUCUUCUGCAAUUGAUUCCGACAACACAAGUUCACUGUUGAGUCAUUCAUAUCGUUAUAAAAAUGAUAGGAACAGAUCAAUUCCCUCUUUCAGGAAACUAAGCAUGGCUUCAGCUUUUCCUGUAAUUAAGGAGCCUGCAUUUGUAACAGCAAGAAGAGGAUCUGCAUUUUCAGCCAUUUCGAACAUUUCAAAAAUUUCGACGAGUAACACAACCAAUGCAUUAAAAAACUUUGUGUCCCGAUCAUUAGGUACGGCGGCUGCUUCUCCUGCUGAUGCUGCCGCUGUUGCUACUGCUACUACUGCUACAACAACUGUACAGAACAAUGAAAAGAACCCCUCCGUCAUAAAACCUACCGUAACUGUCAGUGCGCCAUUAAAGCAAUCUUUAGACUCAAAAUACCAACCCAUGCUACUAUUGACUCUUUCUAACUCUUUUCCAUUCUUAUCGCUUUACAAAAACGCAUUCUUUACUUCAGUUCAAGUAGGAUGCGCCAAUGACACUCCUGCAAACAACAACGGUUCAAGUAGUAUGAUACCAUCAUUGCCUCCUGGUUUAAAAGAUGAUAUCAGUUGCUUCGCCAUCGAUGGAUUUGCCCAGAAAUAUUUUGCUACACAUAAACGUGGCCUCUUCCGGCGAAAAGUACCUAUGAGCGAUAUGCUUAAAUGGUCAAAGACUUCCAUCAAACAGCCACUUAUUAUGAUCAAUAAGGAUUUGAACAAAGAUGCUCUUAAAUGUUUCAAGUUGAUUCAGGUCAUUAUGGGCGACAGAACGAAAAGCCGACACUCAGACAGGAUAGAAGACAUUCAACAUGUACUCGAAUGUGGUAUAUUAAAAGGACAAAUGCGAGAUGAAAUUUAUGUUCAGAUCUGCAAACAACUUCAAGACAAUCCUAAAAGUGUGUCAUUCACGACUGACGAUGAAAACAGUGAUAGUAUCCGUAAAGGGUGGGAGCUCUUGUGCAUAGUUAGUAUUACAUUCCCUCCGUCGAAAAACCUUGAAGCUUAUUUGAAUGAUUUCGUACAGCAACAUCAUCAGAACGAGCAACAUCAGCUCAAUGUAUAUAGUCAGUAUAUUUCUGCAAAAUUGAUAAAGAUAUGUUCAAAAGGCGCGAAAGGAAAGGUUUUGACAAGCGCAGAAAUCAUUCGAGCCAAAGAAGCCCCUUUCAAACCGUCUGUUUUCGGUGAAUCACUUGACCUUAUAAUGCAAUUACAACGUGAACGUGAACGUGAACGGGAACAAGAACAAGAACAAGAUAGUAGUACUCGAAGACUUCAAAUUCCCAAGCUGAUUCCUUUUUUGACAAAUGCUGUACUGGAUAUGAAUGGCAAGUCUUCAAAAGGUAUAUUCCGUGUACCUGGAGAUCCUGACGGUAUUACAGAGCUGCGUGUACGUAUUGAGAAUGACAUCUACGAUACUGCAGAUAUAAAGGAUCCUAAUGUGCCUGCUGCUUUAUUCAAAUUUUGGUUGCGCGAUCUGGCUGAACCUCUCAUUCCUGCAGCUGACUAUGCAGACUGCAUCCAAUUUGCCGAAGACCCAAAGACAGCUAUUGGUAUAAUCAACCGUUUGCCAGACAUUCACAGACGCAUUGCUCUCGUUACUAUUAGUUUUCUGCAGGAAUUUGCAAAAGCUGAAGUUAUACAUUGUACCCUUAUGAAUGUGAAUAACCUUGCCAUGAUAUUUGCUCCCAACAUUUUACGGUGUCCAUCAGAGAGUCUAGCCACAGUGUUUGAGAACUCAAAACACGAACAGGCUUUUCUUCGGACUCUUAUCAAUCACUUGAAGGUGAACCUUCACGCUUGCAUUUAUGACGAAGAUAGUAGCAAAGCCGUUGGUUCGUUAUAA